CGAAGAAAGACAGGAAGUAGAAUGGGGAGACGGUUGUAUUGUUUGUUCUACUUGUGUUCGACACGUGUCUACGAGGCAAGAGGAAGAACACAUGAAGAACAUUUAAUGAUUCACGUUCCAUACCUGUGUGUGUGUAAGUGUGUGUGGGGUUGAGCUGUCCAUCACCACGUUGUGUCCAUGUCGAACGCUACUAUCGCCAAACUCACCGUACUCGUCUUCCUCGCUUUCAUUGUGUGCCUACCAGAGUUCCUACCAUCAGAAGUGUUACAGGUCCAGUUUCUUUGUGCACCUUUUGACCCUUGUGACCCUAACAGUGGGCGUGACCAAUAUGAUGGACAAACUCAUGAGGUAUAUGACAAUGCAGGCAUCACUCGGCCCCAAUGUGAGGCACAAAACGCAACCAAUCAGGACGAAGAAGUAAAGCAGUGGUUUGUGUGUGAGACUCAUGCUGACCUGCGGAGUCUCCGUGACAACACCUCAGUCUCAGAAAAGUCUAUGGAGGUGAUUGUUACGCUACAGAUCACAGCUCCUUCUCUAACUGUAAACGGAAAUUUUAACCUCAGUGGACUUUACGUUGAAACACAACACAACACUGUUCUAUUCGGCUGCUGCAUCCGGAACAAGAGCAGACGGCAAAACCGAGAGAAGACGCCACAAUCCAGCUCAUCAGCACCAGGCGUCUUCUCAGCUGGACCUUCUGAUGAAAAAAAUGAAAACACACGCACACACCCACCAAACAAAACCCAUUGCUUUGCUCACUUCAAGGACAUCCAGAGGAUGUUUACGACAACAGUGAAGCACUGGAGUGUCAGUACCAUUGUAUGGUUUUCUCUGAUGCUGAUGGUGGUCGUAUUGAUCCUUCUGGGAGUCAGGGAUCAUUUCUUUAAGAACAGAUACUGCUUCAAAAAAAAAGUGAAACGGGUUCGACCUCCUGCAAGACAGCAGACGACCUUUUCCAAACGCAGGGUUAAAUCUUUGGGUGAUUUGCCUGAUGAUGUAUCAGUGUUGAGCGCAGAAGAACUGUUCCUGGAGAAGACGCCAUCAGAUUACUCAAGAGGCCAUGUAACUCAUCAGAGAAGAGUGUCUUUGGCCUCCACAAAAAGGUUUCUUAACAUCUUUCAAGAAUCGUUCAAGAGAGGCCUGUCUCCAAUUCCUGAGCUAUCUAUGACAGAUGUUUCACUGGGAGAAAAUGAGGAUGGACAUGACGAAGAAUUGAGGUCCAGUAGCGUAAGAACAGAAGAAGAGAGUAAGGUGUGUCUGGAUGUCCCCCUUACACCAGAAAACACACACUCUGAGAACUUCACUUUCCUACAUCAUCGUAGCCAUCCUUCCUUGGAAAGCUGCCAUUAGUCAAAAAGUCCAGGAGGAAUUAAUGUCCAGCACUUUAAUCGCAGUGCUAUUUUUUUUUUUUUUUAGCACAGCUGCAUUAACGUCCCAUCAUGGCUUAGCCACAGAGAACUCAUUAGGUGAUGAUGUUUUUGUUUUUAGGUCAGUGCAACUCUAUAAUUUGAAAUAUAUAUAUUUUAUAACUCUGAACAGCACCAAAUAAUCAGCGAGACAAGAAAAACAACAAAAACAUCGCCAUAUUUACUUCUACAGACUCAUUAAAAACAACACCUGAGAAAAAUAAUAUCACAAAUAAGAAUUACACGCAACUAAUUAAAGUUUAAUGUACAUAUUGUGUUAAAAUAUUAUUGUUUAUAUUUGUUUAUCUGCCCAGGGAAUGUACAGGGAUGUUAGCUAGUGGCUAACUGGUGUACAUCAUCCCUGACAAACAAACUACAAGAAUAGAUUGACACUGAUGAGCUGUUUGGUUAAAAAGAACCUAAACAGUAAUAAACUCACCUCACCAGAUGAAAACAUAUCCUGUUACUGAGUUAAUGACAGCAAAAGAGUUGCUAACUAGCAAAAUGUUAGCUAAUUGGUUUGCUAAUGAGCUACUGUGCUAAGCUACUGUGCUUAGCAUCUGGCUCUUAAACUAGCUAAACGAUGACUCUGCUGGAAUGAUUAAUGGGAUCAUCUUAUUUGUUAUUGUUUUUUUUUUCCUUCUUAACAUAUUUAAUAUUAAUAAUGAAAAUAUGAAACGCGACAAACAAUAUUAUAAAAUCUUGGUUAUAUUUGACGUCGUUUUUACCAAUUUUGCAACAUGUUAAAUAAAAUAAAUUGGAUUGAAUAAACACAUUUAUUUUUUAAA